UAGGCAAUUAUGUACGACUGUGCGUUAUAACGUGAGGAAGUAAGGGAAUUUUAACAUAAAUUUGAUCUAUAUAGUAUCGGAAGAACGGAAUACAAUCGUGACGUCGCGUACAGACUUUGUUCUGUUCUAUGAAUUCUCCGUCAGGAUCAUGUUGUCAUUCAUAAAGUGAAUAAAUAUCGCUGAUAAUUUUAUCAUAACAGCAUUUGCGAAUUCGUGUAUAAAGUUGCUGCGGAAUAUGGAUAAGGAGACCGAGGAAGAUCGAAAAGGUUAUGUAAGUGUCACUUGUGGAAAAGAUGGUCACCGAUUUCGCGAGGUUAAUAUAAUAAUUAAAUCAAUUAAUUAAAUAAGUGCCAGCAUUGAACUUUAGCUUAGCGAAACUGCGACAGUUAUUAUUUAGCGAAUGUCCAUCUAUUAUGAGUAUAAUGUCGAUUAUGUGCUCGUGUCGUGUAUAAGAAGUUUAUAAAUUGUCACAAGCCACAUUGGAGAGAAGAGCAAAAGUGAUAAUUCAGAUGAAGAAAAACAAAAUAUCUCUCCUGAAUCAUCAGACAUAGAAGAUUCCGGAAUGGAAAGACUACGUAAAUUCCUAACUCAAAAGUUGAGACUUAUAGAUUCAUCAGAUGACCAAAGUGAUGAAUCACAACAAGGAACCCUUCGUGAACUUACUUUAGAUGGAGUCAUAGAUUAUAUUAAAGAACAUGGAAAUUGUAAAAUUAUUACCAUGGCAGGUGCUGGGAUCUCUACCUCUGCUGGAAUACCAGAUUUCCGAUCUCCAUCUAGUGGACUAUAUCAUAAACUAGACAAAUACAAUUUGCCCCAUCCACAAGCUAUUUUUGAAUUAGAAUUUUUCAUGAAAAAUCCAGAACCUUUCUUUACUCUUGCGAGAGAACUACUACCGGAAGGCUUCAAACCUACCAUAAGUCAUUAUUUUAUUCGUCUACUGUGGGAGAAGGGUUUGCUGCUGCGACAUUAUACACAAAACAUUGAUACAUUGGAACGCGUAGCUGGACUACCUGCUGACAAAUUAGUGGAAGCUCAUGGCACGUUUCACACUGGUCGUUGUCUCAAAUGUCGAGCGCCGUAUACACUUCCAUGGAUGAAAGAAAAGAUAAUAGAAGGCGUAAUACCAAAAUGUGAGGAGUGUGAAGAAGGUGUGGUAAAACCUGACAUAGUCUUUUUCGGUGAGAUGUUGCCUGAACGCUUCCAUUUGCUCGCUGGCCGAGAUUUCGCACAAGCUGACCUUCUAAUCAUUAUGGGAUCAAGUUUAGUAGUGCAGCCUUUUGCGUCUCUGGUAGACAGAGUACGAAACAAUUGCCCGCGUUUGCUUAUCAACAAUGAGAAAGUAGGUAUGCAGGAUCGUCUGUCGCGUUUCUUAGGACUACGGCAGGGUUUGGUCUUCGAUUCUAGAAGCGCACAUUCAGGACGUGACGUAGCUUGGUUGGGUGACUGUGACACAGGUUGCCAAUUGCUGGCUGACAAACUUGGCUGGGGGGACGAACUGCGAGCUCUUGUGCAAAGAGAACACGAAAGUUUGAGUGCUGAAAGUGGAGGCGAGAAAUGAAUUAUAAUGAUGGAAUAGAAGCGAUAAUUGCUAGGGCCGUCUAAGAAGAGGAAGAGAUCAAUAUCCUAUCAAUAUAUAUAUACAGAUAUAUAUAUAUUUUUUUUGUUAAUUGUUCAAGAACAUAUUCUUAGAAGACAAAACUCUAAGGUAGGUAAUCUAUGUUGAAAUUCCAUAAUAAAACUUACAAUGUGAUUAACGUAACAGUUAA